UUUAAAUCUUUUUUUUUUUUUUUUUUUUAAAAAAAAAAAAAGUCUAUUAAUAGUUACGAUCUCGAUUGGAGUCCUUCAGAUACCAAAAUAAAAAGUUCUUUACCAUGUAAACUUAAUUAAUUUAGUUUUUUCGUUAUAUUAUAUUAACGCACAUUGUUAGUAACGCCUUUGUCCGUGUAUGAUUCGAGAUCUAAAAGAUCAAGUAGUAUCAGUAGUGAAAAUAGUUUAAACUCACAAUCUACGAUAACUCAAUAUUCAAAGUAUGGCUUAACAUCAAUGACUUAUCUUUCUGAAUCAUCCUCUACGUCAUCUCGAUCUAUAAGUCGUUUAAGUAAUUACUCAGCUACUUCAUCUACAACAACUUCAGGAAUACCUCUUCCGCGUAAGAAUUCAUUAUCAAAAAACAAUGUACUUAACGCUGGUACACCCACACAAAGUCGAUCUUAUAAUUCACAACAGACUAAUAACGAUCAUGGUAACAAAAAGGGAGUAGUACAGCGUAGUCAGCUUGCAAAGCGUGCAUCGCAUAUUCCAGCGCCAGUUAAAUCCUCGUAUCUAAAAACACCUUCAUCACCUCCACCUACCCCUCAACGUACAUCAUCCACUGAAAAUCAAAGAAAAAUAUCGUAUAUAAGCUCAUCACCACAAAAAAGAAUACCCCAACAACGUGCAAGUCACAUACCCACCGUAAGAGAGACAAUACAUCGUCCUGAUUCACCUAUAUCUUAUUCCCCUUCUCGAAUAAGCAUACGAAGUCCUACUCCUGGAGGAGGAUCAAGAACUAGUUUAUUCUCCUCUUCUAACCAUCAAAAAUCAUAUCUAAACUCUUCUACUAAUUCUAUCGCUUCCUCAUCCUAUCAAGAAGGGAAAAGAGCUGGAACACCUACAAAUACUAGGCCUAGUAGUCUGCGUCCUCCAGGAAGUAUUGCUGGAACAUUUACUAAUCUAAGAAGUGUGAGUCGUAUGAGUACAUUAAAAAAAUACUCAUCAUGAUGGCACUCCUAUUUUAUUUUAUUUUUUACUUUUUAUUUUUUUUUUUUUGUUUGAAAAAUAAAUAAGCAGUUCUAUA